AUGUUUGCUAACGGGCACUCUUCGACACAGUUUCUACGCGAAUACAAGCUUGUGGUCGUCGGAGGAGGCGGUGUGGGAAAGUCGUGUCUGACUAUUCAAUUGAUACAAAGUCAUUUCGUGGAUGAGUACGAUCCGACAAUAGAAGAUUCCUACCGCAAGCAGUGCGUUAUUGAUGACGAGGUAGCCUUAUUGGACGUCUUAGAUACCGCCGGACAGGAAGAGUAUUCCGCGAUGAGAGAGCAAUACAUGCGGACCGGAGAAGGUUUCCUACUUGUCUACUCAAUAACAUCACGGCAAAGCUUUGAGGAAAUCUUGACCUUCCAACAACAGAUAUUACGCGUCAAAGACAAAGACUACUUUCCAAUCAUAAUGGUGGGCAACAAGUGUGAUCUAGAGGGCGAGCGGCAGGUUUCAAGGCAAGAAGGGGAGGACCUUGCACGACAAUUCGGCUGUGCUUUCAUCGAGACAUCAGCCAAGUCGAGAAUCAACGUCGAUAAUGCGUUCUACAAUAUAGUACGAGAGAUUAGAAGAUACAACAAGGAAAUGUCAUCACAUAGCGCCGGAGGUCCAAUGGAUCGCAUGGGAGUCAAAACACCAAACGAGAAGUCAUCUCGUGGAGGGGGAGGGUGUUGUUCGCGAUGUGUAGUAAUGUGA